AUGACAUUCCCUGGUCUUGAAUACAAACGUAAAAGAACAGCUUUCACUCCCCACAUGAUUUUGGAAUUAGAGAAAGAAUUUUUGAUAAACCAGUAUCUAAAUGUUGGUCGUAAGAGAGACAUUGCCUGUAGACUUAGGCUUCCUGAACAACAAAUCAAAAUAUGGUUUCAAAACAGACGACAGAAGUGGAAGAAAACCCAGGAACAAAGGAAGGGAGGUGGAGGUAUCAGCCACAGUCCUGAUGCUACUUCAGCUCAAAAUCCACAUCUCCAAAUGCAUCAGCGAUUUUCUCUUCCUCAUAUGCAUUCUCCCCCUACUCAACUGCAUAACCAAGCACUUAGUCAGUCGCAGCAGCAGCAACCCCAACAGAAACAUUAUAAUCAACAAGAUCAGAGUAAACAGCCAUCAUUACAACAGCACUCUCCACACUCUGAUUCCCAGAAUUUAAAAGAACAGUCCCAUACUUCAAAUCAGCCAGAGCAGCAGUCAUCCCCUUUAUCCCCACUCCAACAGAAUCAGUCUUGGGCUGGCCAUUCUGCAUCUUACUCUCACAUGGGAAGCCGAAUGCUUCCACCUGGUUUGGUACCUAUCACGCCUCCAUACUUACAUGGAACAAAUGAAAAUAGGACAAAUUCUCAGAGUCCCUCUUGGAAGAGUAACACUGAGGGUCAUAAUGAAUCCAAUCAAAGGGCUCCAGCUCAUUCUUCAAGUUUUGAUUCCUUAAUGUAA